AUGUCUGCCCCGACAAGACAGUUAAACAGACUGUCUAUCGGUCAAAAUAUGUCUGGGACUGGGGCUCAAUCUACUAACACAACUCGCUCGGAACGAGAAGACCCUUCCGACGACAACGAAAGUGAUCGCGAGAAUGAUAGCUCUUCUUUGACGGGGAGCGAAAGUGAUAGUGGAGAUGAUGACGGCGGGAGUAGUGAUGAAGAACAAGAACCUAGUGGCCGGUCUACUGUUCGUGCGCGGUCUGGGAUUACCUACGAUUUAAGCAGUCUCGAUGGGGAGUCUGGUCCGAAUGCGUUGGUGGGUUUGAAGUCACAGUUUGAUGUUGUCAAUUGUCGUGGCUCAGAUCAUGGCUAUGAUUUUCAAUUAUUGGAUCGGGCCCAUGUACAUGUUGGAUCAGAUUCGACAACGUGUACUUGUUCAACUUUUAAGGCCAUGCCACAGGUGGCUUGCCAACACAUCUUUUGGGUUCUUGAUCAGCUUCACUCACAUUUCCAUCCUAACCCCUCCGCAGCGAGGGCGGUUCUCAGUCGCGACGGCCGCCCUCAAGUCCGUCCUCGCAUCGAAGAGCUCCUCAAGGAAGAUGGCACCUUGGAAGAAGCCGCAGAGAAACUGAACUGGCAAUGCUUACGAGACGAUGGCGAUGGCGAUGGCAAACUAUACGGCAUGACGCGCACAGAAAAGGUCCGGGAUGUCCUUUCGGCCUUCACUCCAAAAGUUCUCCCAGAGGUUUUCCGCCAGGAUCUGGUGGAGACGGUUCUUCGGAAGCGCACCGCAACAGCAGGAGAGUGCGUGGUGCAAGGAGACUUUGAAGCAACUAUGUUCCGUCUUGCUAUUUACGAUGAUAGCGUCUUCAGCAGCCUUUGCAAGGUAAUGCCCUCUGGUGCCUGUUCGGCGAUCUACUUCGACAAGAUCCAGGUGCAAUCUCGUCGACUUCUCUCUGACUUCGAUCGAUACUGUGCGACUGGCGAACGGCCUACAGAUCCGAGUAGUCCAGGUGGAGGCAUUAUAGAAGUUGAUGAAGUGGUUGAUCAUCUACGUCGCGCCGUUUCUCGUAUCCAGGCGAAUAUUCUUUCUCGCGCUCCCCACGGCUCGGAAGGCGCUGCCAAUGCCCUCGUGUGGAUGCUCGAAUCAAUCGCUUCUCGAAAUAAAGAUCCUUUGGAUGGCAAUAAUUUGGGAAGGAGCUCGUUCCACGGAGAAGAUGAGGAUCAACGAAAUCUAUACCAUUUGUUGAUUGGUUCGGAGGAUAUGGAUUUGAAACCAGAUGAAGACCUCUUCGUCCUCAGUGCUCUUGAAUCGCUCCCGGCUUCCUCUCUCUAUCCACGGGUGCAAGAGCUUCGCAAUAUCUUACGCAAGAUUGAAGUGAAUCGCGCGCCAAGGGCUUAUCUUCUCAAACUCGGAACAUUGAUUCGUGCGGUUGAGUCCGCGGGUGCCGCUGGUGCUGGUUCAUCGGCAGCAACAGGGCUAGGACAGAAACGGCCUGCAGCCGGCAGUUCAGGAGGAUAUUCAAAACGAAGUCGAUGA